AUGAAUAGAGAUCUCACUAGCAAGAAGGCUGGGGCUUCAACUAGUACAUCAGGUGGUCUCAUUCCUCUCAAAACUACGUUAGAAACAAGGGCUCGAGAUUCAUUGCUUAGUGUUUACAUUACAAGCGUUCCAGCAAAAAAAGCUAGUAAUGUUCUUAAUUUGACACGAAAACUUCUUCCUGAAGAUGGUGGCUAUGAUUUACAGCACAUCAGGAGAUUUGCGAAACAAACGGAUGUCCCAGAUCAUGUUCGUACUUCUUUGCUAGCAGUGAGAACAGAUAGCCAAGCAGAUGCGGAUCUCUCCGAGCUUUUUCUGCUUGUGGGAGCUACGAAUCUUAUCAGCUCGGAAGAAUUGCAAAGUGCUCUUUCUCCCAUUUUGUAUCCAAUAACCAUUUGUUCCAUCAAAGUACCCUUGUUAGCACCAACUUCUCAAGAGCAAGCCAAAUCCUGGUCAUCUCAAUACUGGCCCAUAGUAUAUAAGAAAAGCAAUCCAUUUGGUCCUCAUCCAGCUAUUGUGUCCAGAGCCGAGGAAGAAAUACAGAGCGAAGUUCAGAAGUGGAUGGACUUGGCGGCCGAAGUAGCUCAUUUAUCGAGCACUGCAGGUUUAGGGGAGCAAAUUGGUGCUGUGAUUGUCGAACGAAAGAAUGGAGUUGCGCGUACACUUGCGCUUGCUGGUGACGCUAGAUGGAUGAAUUGGCCACGUGUUGGGUCCGGAAAUGUUACUGCACAUGCAGCCCUGCGAGCUAUCGCAAUGGUAGCAGAUGGAAUAAAGAUCCAAGAGGAAAAGAAAGCUGGCACAGAAUCAGAAGAGGGUACUUCAAACGAGCAGAUGAUCUUCCGAGAUCAACCUUUGGACACGCUAGAGGCAAAGCACCACAAAUCGGCUGAAUGGGUCGAUGGAUAUCUUUGUCACGAGCUGGAGCUUUACAUGACACAUGAACCGUGUGUUAUGUGUUCCAUGGCUAUUGUCCAUUCUCGUUUUGGACGAGUGGUAUUUGGACACCGUAUGCCGAAGACUGGUGGCCUCUGUGCAGACAACUUACUGGAUUUGUAUAUGCCAGCAAGCAUGUACAAUUCAGCUGCUGGUGAUAUUAAGGAGCACAUUGGCUCGAUUGUUGGAAACCCAACUUCAGCCAAUUUCUAG